UGCGUGUGUGUGUGUGCGUGUGUGUGUGUGUGUGUGUGUGUGUGGUGUAAAAUGUGCUUUUCAAAGUGCUGAGAGGUUGAUGGGAAUGUUUGAUUAGCUCUUCUGAGAAGAAAAGGUGCUUGGACCUCUCCUUGUUUCUUCUUUAGAAUAAUUUGGAUGGGAUUGGUGAUGCAGAAAAGCUUAAGGAAAAAAGGAUAUCCAUUCUGUGUGGUGGAAAAUUUUUGAAAAAAAAAAUUGCUUUCUUCAAACAAGGGCGCCGUUUUGAUAUUUAUGGGGAUUGUUGUCCUCACUAUGAAGGCACCUGUUAUGGAAAUGCUCCUUGUUCUGCUGGUGACUGGAAUACAUUCAAAUAAAGAAAUGACAAAGAAGAUUAAAAGGCCUAAAUUCAAUGUGCCUCAGAUAAACUGUGACGUCAAAGCUGGAAAGAUCAUCAAUCCUGAGUUCGUUGUGAAAUGUCCAGCAGGAUGCCAGGACCCCAAAUACCACGUUUAUGGCACAGACGUCUACUCAUCCUACUCCAGCGUGUGUGCCGCUGCAGUUCACAGUGGUGUGCUUGAUAAUUCAGGCGGGAAAAUACUUGUUCGGAAAGUAGCUGGACAAUCUGGCUAUAGAGGGAGUUAUUCCAAUGGUGUCCAGUCCUUAUCCCUACCACGGUGGAGAGAAUCCUUCAUUGUCUCAGAAGGUAAACCCCAGAAGGGCGUAAACUACCCAUCGGCUCUUACAUAUUCAUCACCUAAAAGCCCCACUGCCAAAGCAGGUGAGACCACAAAAGCCUAUCAGAAGCCAUCAGUUCCAGGGACAACUGCACAGCCAGUCACCCUGAUGCAGGUACCAGGGACCACCCCAGAGGGAGCCGCCCACGUUACGUUGCCAAGGCCAUCCCUAUCUGCAGCCUCUAUCACCAGCAGCCCCAGACCACAGCCUGUGGGCCACAGGAGCCGGGAGCUGGAUCUCUGGGCCACCAUCGCCUACACAAGCAGCCAAAACAGCCCCCACGUCAGCCCAGGGGAAACGGACUUGUGGAAGCCUGGAUCCGUCCUCUUAGAUGCAGGAUUUGUUCCAAAAGAAGAAUUAAGCACACAGUCUCUGGAGCCAGUAUCCCAGGGAGAUCCAACCUGCAAAGUUGACUUGUCGUUUUUAAUCGACGGGAGCACGAGCGUUGGCAAACGCCGAUUCCGAAUCCAGAAGCAGUUCCUGGCUGACAUCGCCCAAGCUCUUGACAUUGGCCCUGCAGGCCCACUGAUGGGUGUUGUGCAGUAUGGAGACAACCCUGCCACCCAGUUUAACCUUAAGACUCAUAUGAAUUCCCGUGAUCUGAAGGCAGCCAUAGAGAAAAUUACCCAGAGAGGAGGGCUGUCUAAUGUAGGCCGGGCCAUCUCUUCUGUGACCAAGAACUUCUUUUCCAAAGCUAAUGGAAACAGAGGCGGGGCUCCCAACGUGGCCGUGGUAAUGGUAGACGGCUGGCCCACGGACAAGGUGGAGGAGGCUUCCAGGCUCGCAAGAGAGUCAGGAAUCAACAUUUUCUUCAUCACCAUUGAAGGUGCCAUUGAAACCGAGAAGCAGUACGUGAUAGAGCCCAACUUUGCAAACAAGGCCGUGUGCCGGACCAAUGGCUUCUACUCGCUCAGCGUGCAGAGCUGGUUCAGCCUCCACAAGAGCGUGCAGCCCCUGGUAAAGCGGGUCUGUGACACGGAACGACUGGCCUGCAGCAAAACCUGCCUCAACUCCGCGGACAUCGGCUUUGUGAUUGACGGCUCCAGCAGCGUGGGAACCGGCAACUUCCGCACAGUGCUCCAGUUUGUGGCCAACCUCAGCAGAGAGUUUGAGAUUUCAGACACGGACACGCGCAUCGGGGCUGUGCAGUACACCUACGAGCAGCGGCUGGAGUUUGGGUUCGAGGAGUACAGCACCAAGCCAGAUAUCCUCAAUGCCAUCAAGAGAGUGGGCUACUGGAGUGGUGGGACCAGCACGGGGGCCGCCAUCAACUACGCCCUGGAACAGCUCUUCAAGAAGUCCAAGCCCAACAAGAGGAAGUUAAUGAUCCUCAUCACCGACGGGAGGUCCUAUGAUGACGUCCGAGUACCGGCCAUGGCUGCCCAUCACAAGGGAGUGAUCACCUAUGCGAUAGGUGUUGCCUGGGCUGCACAGGACGAGCUGGAAGUCAUCGCCACUCACCCGGCCAAGGACCACGCCUUCUUUGUGGACGAGUUUGACAACCUCUACAGAUCUGUCCCCAAGGUCAUCCAGAACAUUUGUACAGAGUUCAACUCACAGCCUCGGAACUGAAUUAAGAGCAGGCAAAAAAGCACCAGCAAAUGCUGCUUUCCCGACUGGCUCUGGGACAACACCCAAUGCAUCCGGGCAGCAGGGCACGGAGGACUUGGGAAACGAAGUGUUGUUAUUCUUCGCCAGUGUGGCUCAUCCUUCAAAACUUGGAGUUAGAAAGAUGCUCAUAAUUGUGUAGAAUGAACCAAAGUGAUACAUCCUUUUGAGGGUGCUGGGGAUUUUACCUUUUGACAAUUGUUUUCAAAAUAACUCUUCAGAAUAGAGUACAGCACUUAUAACAGGCUUAGCCAAAGCUUUUGUGAGGUGUUUUUUUUUUUUAAUUUUUAUUUCUCAUUAGAACUCUGUAACCCUCAACAAGUUUCAUUUUUGUCGUGACAAUAUAAGAGUUGCUUAAUUAAAUGUUUAAAAGGAUUACCUGUGAUCAUUCUGACUUGUCAUGGGUAGUGGUCACAGGAUUUGUGACAGAGCUACCCUCUGCUCUUCUCAUUUCCCAGAGGACUUGCUAUGCACUCACUACUAGCCCAAGGUGACAACACAUCCACGGGGGCAGCAGCAUAGCGACUCCUGGUUUACCUCCUUCUCUCUUAUCUGAAUCACUCUUUACUGCAAUCUCUAGCUUUAGAAGCAGCUGGGGAACGGCUUUGGAGAACCAAGUGGAUCUGGCUUAAAAGUGGUGCAUUAGGCUGGUACACAUGCUCUCAGCCCAAGCUGCACAUUAGAAUCACAUGGACACUAAAAUGCUGGUUCCCAGGCGCCGUCCCAAUACCAGUGAGACCUGAGUCUCUGGGAAUGGAGCCUGCCAUUAGCAUGUUGGUAGAGCUCUCUGGUGAUGUCAAAAUGCUGCCAGGAUUGGGAAUUACUGAGCUACCUCUAAGCGGUCAUUUUUACCGAUGUUUCCUGGGAGAGUCCCUGUUUAUGCCCGUUGUGGGUCCCAUCCAGUCUAGCAUUUGUCCUGGGUUUUUCAUUCAUUACCUAGAUAUUAUUAUUAAUGGUUGCAUUAAAACAAGCCAGGACGGGUUUGGUUGAACUCCGCUUUUUACUUCCAGCUUCUGGCAACGACUCAUGGGUUAGGAUGUGAAAGACUUGUGCAAUUGAGAAACGUUUAAAAGAAUCAUAAACAGAGAUGACUUAUUUGACAAGUUAGUUUUUGUUAACAUGUGUGUUGAGCCAUGCUCCUCUGAAUGAAGGCAGAAAGAUGGCACCUGUGUCAAGACUUGGGACAAAAUAUUUACAUGAAAAAAAUUGAAUUGAAGAUAUCCAUUUAGCAGAAUGUUCAAAGAGCUCAUCAAAUCUCUCAGGACUGGGGAGAGAAUAUAUCAUCAAUUAAAAAAGUUGUGAUCUACAGAAAAGUAUCAUUGAAAGAUGUCAGCAAUAUCAAACUUAUUAACCAUAAAUUUUACUUUGAAGGCAACUGCAAACAGGUAUGUUCAAAAACUUCAAAAUACAAAAACUAUUUUCAAAAAGGAAAUUCUUUCUGUUCCCAGAGAUACCAGUGACACGCUAUUAGUGACAGAUUCAGCUAAGAACUUAAAUAAGUACUAGGAACAAUUAUUUUGCCUAUAUUUUUGCAUGUGUA